AUGGUAUGCAAGAAGUGCGAAAAGAGACUCACGACAGUCGCCGCUCCCGACCCAUUUCAGCCUUCCUCGUCCACGCGGAAGAUAGGCGAGAACAAGCUCUUGACGGCCAGAGCCAGGGCGGCGCCAUAUGUGAAGCCAGGGGCAGGAGGGGUGGGGAAGGGAAAGACGAAUACGAUGGGGAACAAGUGCAUUGAUUGUAAACUGUCAUGUCAGCAGAACGGGGCGAUAAGAUGUCACAAGUGCGCGUAUAAGAAGGGCCUAUGCGCAAUAUGCGGCACCAUCGUCCUCGAUACCAGCCGGUAUAAGCAGACUGUCAAGUAA